CAUAGGAAAACGUACAUCACCCACUAGGGGGCGAUAUACGGUUUCCAGAGUUGUAGUUUUCUUCAGCAGCAGAGGAAGUUAAGAAGCAUCGUAAACAUGGCUGACAGUGGGGUGACAGAUGAAACUGGUUCUAAAGAUGACGUUCAUCAAGCAAAGACUGAAGGCAAAGAGCUCACCAAAGAGGAGAAGCAACGGCUGAGGAAAGAGAAGAAACAGCAGAAGAAAAACAAAGAGAAAAAAGAUGAGAAGGCUUCACAGGAAAGUGAGAAGAAGAAGAAGAACAGAGAAGAGAAGCCUGUCAGUGCAGCUGCCCCAGCUUCCCAGCCUCCAACCCAGCCUUCAACACAGAAAGCUCCUUCAGCAGUGCCUGCUCCUGCACCAGUUCCUGUGCCUGUCUCAGAAACUCCCGCCCUGGCAGACAAGCCAGCCAAGAGUAAAGCAGAAUUGAAAGCAGAGAGGAGAGCUCGGCAGGAGGCGGAGAGGGCCUCCAAACAGGCUGCAACAAGCAAACCUAAAGCAGGGCCUAGUGAGCUGCAGCCAGUGGUAAAGAGGCUCCCAGAACACGUCCAAGUGGACAACCCGGGCGUUUUAAAGAAACUGGCAAAGAAAUUGGAAAGACAACAGACACCAGGGUGCAAUGCUGCAAAAAAUGUAGAGAUCCCACUCCGGUCAGACUACGGCUACAAAGUCAGCCUGUUUUCCCAUCUCCACCAGUACAGUCGCAAAGCCCCUCUAACACAGCAACUCAGCAUUCCCUCCACGGUGAUUCAUCCUGCUAUAGUUCGCCUGGGUCUCCAGUAUUCACAGGGCAUCGUGGCAGGAUCCAACGCUCGCUCUGUCGCCCUGCUGCAUGCCUUCAAACAGGUAAUAAGGGACUAUACUACGCCUCCAAAUGAGGAGCUAUCUAGAGACUUGGUCAACAAGCUGAAACCUUAUAUCAGUUUUUUGAAUCAGUGUCGCCCUCUGUCAGCCAGCAUGGGUAAUGCAAUCAAAUUCAUCAAGAAAGAGAUCUCCAAUAUUCCCAGUCAAUGCAAAGAAGAAGAGGCAAAGAGCCAACUGCUGAGCUCUAUCAAGUGCUACAUUGAUGAGAAGAUCAUCCUUGCUGCUAAAGCUAUUGCCAAGUCCUCCAUAGAAAAGAUCAGUAAUGGAGAUGUCAUCCUAGUUUAUGGAUGCUCGUCGCUGGUCAACCACAUCUUGUGCGAGGCCUUUGAGAAGAACAUAAAGUUCCGUGUGAUCGUGGUGGACAGCAGGCCUCGACUGGAGGGCCGGGAAGCCUUGAGGCGCCUUGUCCAGAGAGGCAUCAGCUGUACCUACGUCCUUAUCUCGGCCGUCUCCUACAUUCUUCCAGAGGUAUCGAAGGUGUUCCUUGGCGCUCACGCUCUGCUGGCCAACGGUUACGUAAUGUCUCGCGUGGGGACGUCACAGAUAGCUCUGGUGGCCAAAGCCUUUAACGUGCCGGUACUGGUGUGUUGUGAGACCUACAAGUUUUGCGAGAGGGUGCAGACAGAUUCCUUCGUGUCCAAUGAACUAGAUGACCCCGAUGACCUCAUCGUGACCCGUAAAGGGAAGACUCAGCUAGAGCACUGGCAGGAUGUGCCCUCACUCGGCCUGCUUAACCUCGUGUAUGACGUGACGCCGCCUGAUUUCGUGGACUUAGUCAUCACGGAUCUGGGAAUGAUCCCGUGCACCUCGGUCCCUGUGGUGCUGCGAGUCAAAAACGUGGACCAGUGAACGACCUCCCGCUCAAAUCAGUCUCUGUGUUUUUGAUCUGGGGAGUUUGUGAGCUUGAAGGCUCGCAUACCAAACAAAAUAUCAUGCUCUUAGCAUGCAAUAAAUAUAUAGAUCUGAAAUGGCAUACGCUUUUUAA